AAUAAAAAAAUAAAAUAUCUUUGAAAAUAUGGAAAUAUUUAACAAAAUGUCAAACUUUCCACCAUUGAGUGACACACAAAAAAAUAUUAGUAGAAGUUGGUGCGCUUGGAAGCAAGCUUUUUUAUCUUUUCUCCAGAAAGAAGAUGCUAAUGAAAUAUAUAAAACUCAAUGGUCAGUCAUCUUAUUAAUGGUGAUUGGUCCGCUUGGAGAACAAGCAUAUAAAGAUUUUCCUUCUUGCAAUGCUUCUCAGGUGCAAGAUUUAAAAACAUUACUAUCCUAUUUUGAUUUAUAUUUUAUUUUUGGCUCUAAAAAAAAAAAGGAAGAUGAAAACAUUGAAAACUAUAUUGAUAACUUAAUGCUUGUUGCGAUUGCAAGCAAUCAUGGUGAUCCUGUGAAUAUUGUAAAGGAAAAAAUUAUACACGAUAUUAAAAAUUACAAUUUCACAGGAAAGGCUAUGCUUUAUAUACAGUCUAAAGGAGAGAACUUGAUAUCGUAUUUGCAAUUAUCGGAUCUUCAUACAAUUACUUUGUUUUGGAAACAAUGCGAAACAUUGAUGUUAAAAAAGAACUGUGAAAAUGUCCCUAAUCAGGAUUCACAAGAGUUCUCUCUUAAUCCACAAUCAGCUGAAAUGAAAUGUAUUCGUUGCGGUACUUGCCAUAGCAGAAACGAUUGUCCAGCACAUGGGGUGCGAUGUAACAACUGUAAGGGAUAUAAUCAUUUUACAGAUUAUUGUAAGGUAAAAUAUGUGUCUAACUGUACCAAAUGUGGAACACAUCAUAUUCAGUCACGUUGUCUCGCUUUUGGCGAAAUAUGUACGAAUUGUGGUAAACCAAACCAUUUCUCAUGGUUGUGCCAAGUACCUGUUGUGAAAAAUUGUGUUAGAUGUGGUAAAGACCAUGCUGUAUCCAUGUGUCCAGCCCAAGGUCAAAUAUGCGUCCUAUGUAAUAAACCUAAUCACUUAAAAGAAAAAUGUUUGAGCAAGAAUAAUAUAUAAUAUUAUUCUAUUUUGGAAGUUCAAACAGUGAUAGUAUAUAAGUUACUUACAUUGGCUUCUCUAAUAUUAACGAUAAAUUUUUUACCUUAUCUGGAAUCGAUUUUUAAGUAGAACUUUAAACUUCAC